AUGAUUGUGCGUCUCCAUUCACCUCUAUUGAAGAAAAAAGAAGAGAAAGUUAAUAAAAAAUUAUGUUCUUUCAAUAUUAAAGUAUCGAGUUGUCCUAAUGAUCCGAAAGUUGUUACUAAUAUGUCGUCACACGUACUAUCAAAUGAAGAAACUCUUUGUCUCGCUAAUGGAUUAAAUUAUGGUUUAGUGCCUAAACGUAUUGAUUCGAUGAAUGUCGUCAGUAAUGUAGAGCAAUUUUUUCACCAUGUGACUGACAUCUUUCAACAGCACAAGGAAUUUAUGAAAGAAUUAAGGGAAAAUGAAGUCAAGAUGGACAGCGAUGUGCGUGUUUUAAACACAAAAGAGCUUACCCUGGCUAGUGACUUACGUUGGAUUACUCGGUCAUAUUUACGGAAAGCUGAAGAUUUUCGAUUACAAAAAAAUAAAAUCGAUUCUAAAGAAGAGGAUUAUCGUCACCUUCUGAAGAAAUUAAAAGAAAAUACCUCAAUAAUUAUUACUCGUCCAGACAAAGGAAGAGGAGUUGUUGUGAUGGACAAGCACGCCUAUGUAAGCAAAAUGCUCACUAUUCUCAAUGACUCAUCAAAAUUCUCAUGCUUAUCUGAAGAUCCUACAAUCAAAAGAGAGGGUAGUUUGAUGAGAUUAUUACUACGACUGCACAAUGAGAAAAGCAUUACGGAUCAAUUUUUGAAUUUUGCGCGUCCUAUUGGAUCCAAUCCUGGGCGACUUUACGGUCUUCCAAAAAUCCAUAAAAAAACAGAAAACGUACCACUUCGAGAUGUACCACUUAGACCAGUACUCUCGUCGGUUGGAACGUUCAAUUAUAGACUUGCGAAGGCUUUAACUCAUAUGUUUUCGGAUAUUAUAAAAAAACAAAACAUCAUUCGUGACUCGUUUUCUUUUGUUAAAGAGUUAAAAGAAUUACCAAAAGUUAAAUCAAUGUAUAAGAUGGUAUCGUUUGAUAUUACGAGUUUAUACACAAAUAUACCAGUUGAUGAAACUAUUAAAAUUAUCCUGAAGCAUUUAUAUGAAAUUCGGUCUACGCCACCUCUUAUUAAACAGGAUGAUAUGGAGCAACUCCUGAUAUUUGCUACAAAAAGAUCUCAUUUUCUUUUUGAUGGUAAAGUUUACGACCAAAUUGAUGGAGUAUCAAUGGGAUCUCCUUUGGCACCUCUACUUGCUGAAAUUUUUCUACAAGAAUUCGAGAGGAAAUAUUUACCAUCAUUUGAAGAUAUGGGAAUUAUUUACUGGAAACGAUACGUUGAUGACACUUUUGUACUACUCAACCCAAACUUUUCCAGAAAAGAUGUUUGUGCUAAUCUAUCAAAACUUCAUCCGUCUCUUCAAUUCACUUCUGAAGAGGAAAAUAAAGAUACAUGCACACUACCAUUUCUUGGUGUACUCGUUCAAAGGCAAGCAGGUAUCGGCUUUCAUACUGGGAUCUACAGAAAAGAAACCUUUACUGGUCUCAUUACAAAAUGGAGUAGCUUCGUUCCGAAAAUUUAUAAAUAUAAUACAAUUUCUACUAUGAUUUACCGGGCUAUUCAACUUUGUUCCUCAAAUAAAUCACUCCAUGAAGAGUUCGAAUUUAUUCGAGAAUUAUCAACUAAAAAUGGCUAUCCUGCUGGUUUUGUAGACUCAAUUAUUGGACCAAAACUGAACAUUAUAAAUGCACCUCCUUCUCCUCCUCCUUCUCCCUCUAAUACAUCAACUCCUAAAACUGAAACGGUAGUAUUUAGAAUACCGUACAUCGGCAAAGAAUCUCAUGUGUAUGGGAAGCGUAUUACAUCUACUGUUCUUAAUCACUAUCCACUUAAAAAAAUACGCCUAAUCUAUGAUGUAAUAGACCGUAUUGGACGCGGCUUCUCAAUGAAAGAUGUUGUUCCAAAAGAGUUAAUAUCUCACGUUGUCUAUGAAGCAACUUGUUCCAAAUGUGAUCAAAAAUAUAUUGGCCAAACAUGCCGACACCUAAAAACAAGAAUGAAUGAGCAUUUAACAAAUCAAAAUAAAUUCAUACCUCAACUUUCAAAAAAGGCAGCAAUAACGCUCAAAAGAAAUAAUAAUUCUCAUAAAUCAACUAUUCAACAACGUCCUGUAACUCGAUCUCAAACAGGAAAACUACCACCAAUGCGAAUUCACCUAAACCAAGAUGAUCUUAAUGAACUAUUUAAAGAAACUAAAAUAAACCAAAGCAUUGAACCACCACAUAAACCCACAUCAGCGAUAACAAAACACUAUCUUUCAACAGGUCACGUUUUACAUAACAGCGAUUUUCGUGUAUUGCUAAAAGAACAGAAUCGAUAUCGACUAGUGAUCAAAGAAUCAUUGUUGAUUAAAGCUAAUGAGCCGAAACUGAAUGGAAAAGAAAGAUCAAUGCCACUUUACAUCUUUCCAAAUGGCACUGAAAUAAAAAAAAAACAAUCGAAAAUAAAAUCAACAGGUUGA